AUGUCUCUUUCUUUCUCCUUUCUCUUGACCUCCUCUGCAAGUCUUUUCCAUUGCCUCUCUGUCCUUACAGGGAUUCCAAACAUUCUUCGAGCGCGAGCCUCUAUAUCAUUGUCCCCGAUUUCUGACCUACUUUUUUUCAUUUUCAAGAGCUUCCAUAUCAACUCAUCAAGCUUCAUCGCAAUCUUUUCAAGGCCCGUAAAUGCAACUUCUAUGGAUAGGUCCAUUUCGGUGUUAGCAAUGGACUCCUGGCCCACAAAUGUAGCGACAGUCAUAUAUAUCCAGUAA